GCGUUUUGCGCAACAUGAACGCAUAAUGCCCUAUGUAAAACAACAGCACUAUUAUACUCAAAAAGGCAACGGCGUCAAACAAUAAAUGGUGGCUUCUUUGUACGCGCGAAAGCUGACGCCGCUUUAAAAUAUAUUCGUGAAUUGCAACUAGUUUUUCGAAUUAAAUGAAAUAGUAAAAAAGGAAACUCGUUAGUGAAUAAGAAAGUAUAUGUUUGAUGCAGAUGUAUCAUCAGAAUGUCAUCUUCCACAUCAUCCAAACUGACGCUCUCGCUGGGAGACCAGCAACUGGCCAAACUGACCAAUGAGUCGCCUGAAAUUCGCAUGCGCGCAUUGGAGCAAGUUGAAACGCGCUUCAUACGUUGCCUGCAACAUGGCGAGACAAUCAAUUUCAAGCCGGUGCUGCUACUCAAGCAACUAAUACGCUGGUUCGGCUACACGCCACUGACAGCCGCAGAUCGCGUACUGGCACUGAUGCUGGAGCUCAUGCGGUCAGAUUACAGCGAUGCGGUUGUGCGCAAGAUUCCUUUCCAGCGCUUGGAAACAGAGCUAGAAAAGAUACGGAAAAUACUGCGUUGCUUGCAGUCAAAACGUGCCAUGGAACUGCUGGACAAUCUGUAUAGUUUGGUAAUUGCCUUGUACAAGGAAGCCAACCCUAGUCCAGGCAACAACAGUUCAGGUACGGCUGUUACAUAUGGCGAAUCACAGUGCAGCGUUGGCGAAAUGGAAUUGUUUUCGAUUGAAAGUUUUAACAUAAGCCCCGAAGACUAUGAGCCGGCUUGGUCGUGUGCCAGCGUGGACGAUUUAGCCACAAUGAAGACCAUGGUGGACACCCUUACUAUUGACAGCGAUCUGCGGCUCCAAGAGAAUCUAACCAAUAUACAAGUCAAAUUAUGCGACUACCCAGUUGAGCAGCUGUGCCAACCGCCGCAUAUAUUCCUCCAGUUGCUGCACGUGCAGCAGCUGCAAGCUGGCGUAACCCUGCUACACGUAAACCGGGCGCUUCUUACUUUUGUAAAGCUGCUGCAGCGUCGGCUUCGAAUUCGCAACAAAUCACUCGACUACGCUUUUAGUGUUAAAGCACAAGCAGCGUUGCCGCAGCAGUUACGGGUUUCCAGUGUCUUGGCUAUGAUACUAAAUGGCUGCUUGGAGUUGCUUGGGCCGCCGCUGCUGGAGCACUGCAGCCACAAUUGGCACCUGAUCGAGCUGAGCGUUGAGGUAAUAAAGACCUUUGGUCAAAUCGCUGCGCCCAUACCAGAAAAUAUCGUACAGCGACUGGGCCUGAUUGUGCCCAAGCUGAUAAGAUAUUGCGCCAGCUUUGAUGUGGCUAGCGUUAGUGAAACACCCAGCUUGGUAAAAAAGCUGAUGAUACCACGACUUGAAUCGCUGAUAUUUAAUGGAUUGCUCCUGGAUGUCAUAACGCUGAGUUUGUCGGACAAUGGGACCAUCGACAAGCCUACUGCCCGGACGUUGCUACAGCCUCUAAUCCUGGACAGUUCAUACUUGUCCUGUGUGCCCAUGCGUAUGCACGAAUUGUGUAAUCUAUGUGGCGUGAUUUGCACUGAGGCUGCGCCUGAGGAGCAGCAAAUGCUGCGCCUUAAACAAGCUUAUAGCUUGGCGCUGGCUCAGUUGGUGGCGGAAACAAAACUACCGCCCAUGGAGUUGUUACAAGAGCAGCGUCAAAUGUGUCUCGUUCUCCUGCUGCUGGGUAGCGAAUCCUUGAUGAAACAGCUCAUUCAGGCAAUCGUUAAAUGUACCAGCUUCUAUAUAGCCAAGCCUGAACUGCGCCAGGAGGCGGAGUCUCUGCUGCACACCUUGUUCGAUCUACCCGAUGAACGACUGCGCAGUUGUGCCCUGCGACUGCUUAAGCAGCCCGUUGUUGAGCAUUUUCACGCCUUUAUGAACAACAGUAACUACAUGAUGGGCUGUACCAACACUGAGUUAGCUAAACGCCAUAUCCUUGGGCUGCCCAUGAGCUCACAGCUGCUGCGCAAGCUGCUCGUGCAGGGCUGGCUUCCUGGACAGUCGCUGCAGCUGCAGCAGUGGUGCAUUGACUACUUGAUAAUGGUACUGGGACUCGCCAAGCUGGUCUCGUGCAAGGACUUUAAUGAAAUAUUCAAGAUUGUGAUGCCUGUGGUGCCACUUCUCGUGUGUCGCGCCAUCAACCAACCACAGCUGCAGCAUAUGCUUUGGGAGUUGUUUGAUCCGGAUAGCGAAUAUCUGGAGCCGCCGCAAGCUCUGCGCGGCAAUGUCUGUUACUUGUUUCAUCCGGAUGCAAAGUUUCGCAAGGAUGCCAUAGGUCGGGUCGCCUACAUCCUGGUCUGGCAAGAUCAUCAGCACAAAUACAGGCCCGCCAUGGAUAAGCUGUGCUUGGACUUCAUUGGACACGACGUGUGCGCCAUACAGCCGCCCGUUAAUUACUACAACUUUUUUAGCGAGCGCUCGAAUUUGCCAUAUUCACGCAGCCUAAAUACGCUGCUGCGUCUGCUGGAGACACCCGACCUGAAGCCAAGCAUACGCAAAUCUACGCUGAUUCAGUUAAAUGUCAUACUACACAAUUGGGAGGCCGUAGAAUCGUUUACCACUUGUGACGGCGCCUACGUACUCUGUUUGAAAGCCCUGCAUGAUCCACUGUUGCGAGAUAGGAGCGGAGGAAUUGAAGAGACGGAAACACUGCUUCCCGCGGUAAGUAUUCUACUGCGGGUGCUCUUUCGUAGCGAACGGUUUCGUCAUGAGUUCAAAGACAAUGCUGAAAUGCUGGUCUGUCUCUUGCGCUGCCUUUUCCUAAUGCCUCACGAGACGCAGUUGCGCGCCGAGGUGAGCAUUUGCAUAUUCCAACUGCUCUUUCACGAGCACAUGACGGCCAAUGAUGCAAGCCUUAAGCUGGACGUUGACCUCUCUGCUAUGGUUGUGCCGGUUAGCUACGAACUGGACAACACCAUACCGCCCACAGCUGCCACUGAAGGCCUAGCACUGCAGCAGCAUUUGUUAGUUAAGCACUUUGAUAACAAUGCGGCCAUGGAAGCUCAGCAUUGGCGCCUUUUUAUGGCGCACAGGAUUUGCGGCUCACCGGAGGACCUCACAUUGUCUGAAGUCCGUGAACUGGACAUUAGAGAGACACUGAAACUAAAGCCAGCUGACUUGGCACUGGUCCAUGCUUCGCUCGUCCACCUCCAGGUGCAGAACCAACUCAUCGCAGCCAACAAUUGUAGCAGCCACGAAACUUUACACCAACUGGUUGCAAGCAUUCAGUUGUUCUUGGUGCUCCUGCGCGGCGACAUGCUGCCCGCUCAGUGCAGCAACCUAUGGAUGCUUAUGCACAAGUAUCUGCGUCUUACCCCCGGCAAUGAUGCGGAUAUGCAGCUGUACAUGGAAUUAUUGGAGCUAUGCCUGAGCUGUUUGCGCCAUCGUUUGCCGGAAAUAUUGGCGGGCCUAAGCAAUGCCCUUGAAACCGACCCUCAUCACAGUUUUAUGGUGAUACUGCGCGAUGGCAACGUCUCCCUGAAGCUUCUGCACUUGGUCACAGACUGUCUGGUACAUCUAUUGCGCUGGCAUCGCCAACAGAACAACAGCACGUGGCAUGGCAAACUCUUCGAGGAGCUAAGCACCCUAGCUCGCACCCAUUUCGAGGAACGCAAACUACAACAUGUGCGCUGUGUUCUUUCCGUCCUGCGGCACCUGAGCGAGCGGCCGCUGCAAUUAGACAACGCGAAACUACAGGCUUACUAUCAGCAUUAUGUGCAGCUAUCGAGUAACCUGCGGACGACCACGCAAACGGGCGCCCAGUGGCAACGCGACUGUCUGCUCAUCAUUUGUCAGUUGCAGACGCAGACCAAGCUACUGCCUCCCGCGAUAUGCAAGUAUCCCAGUGGCAACAAGGUUCUGCGCUAUCUGUUGGGUCUGUGUGGCCACUCCGACACAGAGGUGCGCACUCUGGCCUGGGUGGCGUUGGCGAAUUGGAUCAAGAGUGCCGGCAACAGCAUGACCAGCAUUCUGCUUGACUUUCAUGAUUUUCUGCCAGGUGGCCUGGCCGCCUGUUGCCUCAGCACGAUGCUGGACAGCCACGAGGCGUUGCUGGUGCGUGAGCUGGCGGGUCGAGUUUUCGAGCUGGUAAUCCCACACAUUGGCGCGACUGCUUGCACCGAGUUGCUGAUGUAUCAUUCAUUCCUUAAGCACGCUCACGCGGCACUUGUCGCGCUGCAGCUGUCCCCGGAUAAAAGGCAAGACACCAACAAAGCCGAAGCAAAUAGCUCAUUCGAAAUCAUUAACUGCUGUGUAAGCAUAUGUGUCACGCAGGUUGCGCUGGAGCCCAGCUGGUGUUCCAUACUAUGCAACCACGCGUUCUUCAAUAGCCUAAGCGAUUUGAUGAAAAUGAGCACGCCUGGAAAACCGUACUGCAGCGUCUAUCUGGAGCUGUGUGCUGGACAAAUCUGCAAGCUCUAUGCAAUGUGUUACCAAUACAAUUUUCAGUUUCUGCAGCGCAGUAUAUGUCGCGAUCCUGUGCUGCUCAAGAGCUUUUUCUCGUUAAUUAACGAUGUGCUCGACCAGAAGGUGGUGCCGGAAAACCAACUCGUCCAAAUGCUAAAGUUGCUAAUGGUGUUUUGUAAGGAUCAAAAUGCCUACGACUUUCUGUGCGAAAAGUUUAAGACGCAUCCGGAGCUGCUGUUCGAUCUACUGCUUUAUGGCCUAAACCAGAUCCUUAUCCAUCGAACGGUUCAGCGAUACACCUUGUUAGCGCUCUCAUUACUGCUGAUAAAGGCGCAGGAUGCAGCAGAGGAACACAAUUUGUUAAGGGUAUUUGAAGCGUAUGUCGAAGAAACUCACGUAAGUGAUGAAGAAAAGGACGAGGAAGAUGACACCGACACAGACACCGACAGCGAUGACAAGGAAAACAGCACAAAUGCUUUGAACAAACAACUGAAGAUAUUGAGCUUAAAGCCCUUGGCAAGGCAAAAGUUGCCUCUGACAAAUCCGAAACAAGCGGCACCCGUCCCUGGUCAGUCCAAGGAAUUCACCAACGCUGCUGUUUUGCUUUACCACAGUCUUGACCAGCUGUUUGAGCUACACUAUCCGGCCAAGACGUACAGCUUCUUGCAGGCCCCCUCUAAAAGUCAUGUGCAAAUCUGCGAAGUGCUGGGCAAUCUGCUAAAGCAGUCGGCCUGGGCGGCGGACGCUGCGCGACACUUCAAGCUGCUGGAACGCGUUAUACACCUGCUGGAGACGUUCCUCGACGAUGCGACUGUUGGCAAUGCCACAGUCUAUGUGCGGCGCGUCGGGGCCCACAAGUCACGCGAUAUCAUCAACAAUUUGCUGGUGCUGCUCAACAUGCUGAUGCACUGGCAAAAUACGCCGCACGCGGUCAUAACGGAUCCAGUGAUGGCCGCCAGAGUUGUGAGAGUGCUGGUACGUUUAUGGCCCUGGCUAUCACAUUCGGCUGUAUUGAAACACAUGACUGUGCGACUUACCACGUUGCUUACGGAACAUUCUUUUGAGAUGUGCAAACAGACCUCGCAGGUGCUGUCCAGCCAGUCACACUCGCUGCUGCAGCUGAUGGUGCGCGUGGCGGAUCACGAGUCAACCAAAAAGGACGGAUCCGUUGCCAAGCCCGACUUCGCCAAGUGCAGCUCGGACUCAAUUAUUGACGCCGCACUGCGUGUUAUGAUCAACUGUUGCUCCUGCGCCGAGGGACGUCUGAGCCUGGGAAAGAUGCGUGUGCUCGACAUGUUUGACACGAUUAUGCCGGCUAGCAACAGCAAUUCGGCCAAAGUAAAGUCAGACAUAUUGCUUGCCUGGCUGGCAUUUUGGGAGGUCUUCUCCAGAUACGAGCUGGGCUACAAGAUUUGUCACUUACAGGCGCUUAUCAAUCUUGUUCGUCGCUCUCCGCCACUUAGCAAGAUGCGCAUGCGCUGCCUUCGCAUUAUACGCAACAUGUGCUUCAGCAACCACAACCGCAUGCUGCUGGUCAACAUGGCCGGGUUUCCAGACUUCCUGCGGGAUAUCGUAUCACAACCGGUGCAGGACGGAAGUGGUGGAGGUGAUACAAACGUCGACUCGUAUGUGGAGCACCAUCUGGUGGUCCUGUGCCUGUGGAAGCUUUUCGGCUUCAGCGCCAAAUGCAAGGCCAUGCUGCGAGGCACCAAAUUACACAAGCAAUUAACAAUGCUUUGGGAUCAUCUGGUGGCCAUGGAAACGGAACGCCCACACCAAUUCAAGACGAUGCCUUUUGCUGCCGAACUAAAGGAUUUGCUGGCGAAGCUUUUUGAUUCGCUUCAACCAUAAUCCAAUUAAGCAUUUUAUUUAUUGGUGUUAUCUUAUUUAAUAUUAUUUGUUAACAAUAUUAUAUUAUAGGUUGGAUGUAAGCUGUUUUGCAUAAAUGUUUCUGUAAGAAGCUUUUCUGAGUAUCUCAUUGUCAACCAAACUUAUCAGGGCAAUAAAUAUUUUACUUACAAAUUAAAUUUAUGUUAACCCAUCCAUGCAUGGCAUUUAUAGUACUAAUCUGUAGAUGUUUAUCGAUAUAUGUCUCUUUUUUACCACAGAUUAUUCCUAUAGUUCUAUAUAAUAUAUUAGUGCGAUCUAUAAAA